UUUAACGAUUUUGAAAUGAUCCAAGAAUCUGAACGAGUUGAUCAAGACGAAGACAGCGAGAAUGAUCAAGAAAGAGUGGCAUAUCUGAAGGCAUUCAUAUCCCGUCUGAUGACUGCUCCAAUGAAAGAAAAGUCUCCAGCCGAGGUGGAUGUUACAGUUUCUAAAGAAGAAAUUAGAAUUAUUUCAAAUUAUGCGGCAGCAUCGUUUGGUUCAUUCAGUACUUUGAUGAGAGUCGAUGAAGAUUGUCUUCCGGUUCAUAUUGUUGGAGAUUUGCACGGACAUUUCGGUGAUCUACGGCGAAUUUUUGGAAUACAUGGUGCACCGGGAAUCUCUCACUACGUAUUCCUUGGUGAUUACGUGGAUCGUGGUCGUCAAGGAAUUGAAACUGUCAUGCUUCUGAUGGCCUAUCAUUGCUUGUAUCCAGAUCAUUUGUUCCUGUGUCGUGGAAACCAUGAAGAUUAUAACACCACAAUGACCUAUGGAUUCUUUGAUGAAUGUCGUAUGAAGUACGGGAAAAAGGGUACACUUGCAUGGCUUCACAUCAUUAAUGCAUUCAAUCAUUUGCCGCUGGCCGCUCUGAUUUUGGAUAAAGUUUUGUGUAUGCACGGAGGUAUUUCACCGCAUAUUCAAAAGUUGGAGGAUAUUGAUAAGAUCCAACGUCCUACGUUCAUUCCAUCGUACGGUCUCGCUUGUGAUUUGGUUUGGUCGGAUCCUGAGAAAACUUCUAAUGUUGGCUGGUCACUCUCAGCUAGAGGAAUCUCUUUCUCCUUCGACGAUAUCACUAUCGAGAAGUUUUGCCAAGAUAAUGGUCUUGAUCUGAUUGUCAGAGCACAUCAGAUUUCUAGUGAGAUGAUUCGAGGUGGCCACAAAUGGCAUGCAAAUGGACGAAUGGUUACAAUUUUCUCAGCCGCCAACUACUUGAGCAUGGGAAACGAUUCUUGUGUGAUUCGUAUUGAUGAGCAGAAAACCAUGCAAUUCUGUCUGCUCCGUCCUGUGAAGAAGUCGCCAAAACACUAAUCCAACUCUCGCUUCCAAAUAAAUUAUUUUCGGUACAA